UCUCUGUCCACGCGCCCGCCAUGGCUCCUGCUCCGGCCCUGUUGACCCCGCUGCUGUGUGCAGGUGUGCGGCGCUGGCCAGGUUUCCUGCAGAAGGCGGCCCUGGGCCCAGCGGGGCAAAAUGGUAGGAUGGUGACAGGAGCCCCGGCCCCCGCGGUCAGCGAGCCCCAGGACAGCUACGAGCUCCAGAGCAGGAUCCUAAAUGUGCCGCUGCAGCAUUCGGACUUCUUCAAUGUCAAGGAGCUGUUUUCUGUGAAGAGCCUCUUCGAGGCCCGAGUACACCUGGGACAUAAAGCUGGUUGUCGGCAUAGAUUUAUGGAGCCAUACAUCUUUGGGAACCGCUUGGGUCAAGAUAUCAUCGAUCUGGAUCAGACAGCCUUGAAUCUCCAGCAGGCCUUGAACUUCACAGCCCAUGUGGCCUACCGAAAGGGCAUCAUCCUGUUUGUGAGCCGGAACCGGCAAUUCUCUUACUUGAUUGAGAAUACAGCCCGGGAUUGCGGGGAGUACGCCCACACCCGCUACUUCAAGGGUGGCUUGCUGACUAAUGCUCAGCUCCUCUUUGGGCCUACAGUCCGCCUGCCAGACCUCAUCAUCUUCCUGCACACACUCAACAAUGUCUUUGAACCCCAUGUGGCUGUGAGGGAUGCGGCCAAGAUGAACAUCCCCACAGUGGGCAUUGUGGACACCAACUGCAACCCAUGCCUCAUCACUUACCCUGUCCCUGGCAACGACGACUCACCCCAAGCUAUCCAGCUCUUCUGCCAGCUCUUCCAGACAACCAUCAACCGGGCCAAGGAGAAGAGGAGGCAGAUGGAGGCACUGCAUCGGCUGCAGAGCAGGGAUUCUGAGGGCAGUGCGACAUCUUCUGCACCUGAUAAGAGCCAUUCCCCAUGACAGGAAGCCUUGCACCCACAACAGAUAGACAGGACUGUUCUAAACAGGAAGCUCCUGGUCCAGCCCUGGUCCGUACCCCCAUUCCCCAUCCUCAGUCAGCAUCAGUGUCCUAUAUUCCUGAGCUACGGCCACCCGAGUGUGACUAUCCUGAGCUGACCCUUGUUCGCGUUUUUUCUGGGGACAAACUCAGGUAAAGUGCAUAUCCACAUGGCCUCUGGCAUCCACUAAGACUUGGACAUAGAUAGCCAAGUGGAUGGCACUGUUUCUCUCGUCAAGAAGCCCUUGCUUCCACUUUAGAAGUAGGUCUGUAUCAGAUGGGUUCCAUUCAGUUUCUCUUUUCAAUUAAAAUUAAUCCUUAUUGUCUGCUAAUUAGUCUUUCUCUGAAGAAAAUUCCAAGCAAGACAAUACUGAUAGCCUUCAAAUAGUUGCCUCUAGACCUAUAGCCAGACUAAGCAGGCUAAGCAGGCUCCUAGAGGGGAGCUACAAAGUGUGUAGUCCAUGAGGAAGUACAUGAUACUAAAGAGCUUAAUAAUUUUGCUAACUCAUUCAGAGGUCUGGGGAAUAUAUGUGGGAAUGGAUUUUAAGGAUGUAAUCAGGCAGAGUUUAUUGAUACGGGCCUUCUGGGUGGAGAUCUAGGUUUAAUAUGGAAACUUGAACAGCUAAAAAGGAAAUAAGCACACUUUCCAGGGUCUAUUGGAUACUGGUUCUUAACAGUGACUCCAGGAGAUCGCAAGAAACAUUGUGACUCUCCUAUUAAAGUAGAGGUUUAUGGAUGUCAAGUGAUUAAUGGACUUUUGGCUAAAGUCCAAUUCAUAGUAGAUCCACUGGAUCCCUAAAUUCAUCCAGUGGUUCUCUCCCCAGUCCCAGAAUGUAGAAUUGGGGUAGAUAGAUUUAGAAGUUAGCAGAAUUCUCACAUUGGUUCCCUGACCUGUGGAAUGAGGGCUCUUAAGGUUGGAAAGGCCAAAUGGAAACUUUCAGAGUUGCCUCUGUCAAGGAAAAUAGUGAAUCAAAUAUAGUAUGGCAUCCCUGGAAGGACUGUAGAAAUUAGUGGCACCAUCAAGGACUUGAAAGAUGCAGGUGGUGGUUUGUACCACAUCUCCCUUUAACUCUCCUAUCUGGCCAGUGCAGAAGACCUGAAGCAUGGAGGAUGACAACUAUCAAAAACUCAGUCAGUAAUUUUGAUUGCAGCUGCUUUACCAGAUGUGGUGUCCUUACUUGAGAUUAACACAUCUCCUGAUCCAUGGUAUGCAGCUACUGAUUAAGCAAAUGCUUGUCCAUAAGAACCAUCAGAAACACUUGGCUUUCAGUUGGCAAGGCCAGCAGUGUACCUUUAUUUAGUAAAUGGUAUUAUGUAUGCACGCCAGAAGAGGGCACCAGAUAUUAUAAAUGGUUGUGAGACAUCAUUUGGUUGCUGGGAGUUGAACUCAGGACCGCUGGUAGAACAACCAGUGCUUUUAACCUCCAGCACCCCCGCCAGUAUACCUUUACAGCUCUACUUCAAGGAUAUAUUAAAUCCCCAGUACUGUGUCAUAACUUAGAAGGGAUCUGUCUCUUCCCCAAAAUAUUGUAUUGAUGAACUAUAUCGAUGACCUUAUGCUGAUUGGACCAAGUGAGCAGGAGAUAGCAACCACUUUGGACUCAUUAGAAACACAUAUGCACGUCAGAGAAUGGGAAAUAAAUCCAACCAAAAUUCAA